CCCCCCGUCGGUGACACCAUGACGAGCGGCCAGGACGAGAGUUCGGUCCGGGUGGCGCUGAGGAUCCGUCCUCAGCUGGCCAAGGAGAAGAUCGAGGGCUGUCACAUCUGCACUUACGUGAUGCCCGGGGAGCCCCAGGUGUUUCUGGGUAAGGACAAGGCCUUCACCUAUGACCAUGUCUUCGACAUGGACUCCCAGCAGGAGAUCAUCUACACCCACUGCACGGAGAAGCUCAUCGAUGGCUGCUUCGAGGGCUACAACGCCACCGUCUUCGCCUACGGACAGACGGGAUCGGGAAAGACCUACACCAUGGGAACGGGCUUCGAGGUCAGCAUCGGAGACGGCGAGCUGGGCAUCAUCCCACGCGCUGUCAGCCACCUGUUCAGAGGCAUCGAGGAACGCCGGCAGGCCGCCACGCAGCAGGGCAAGCCUGUUCCCGAGUUCAAGAUCAACGCGCAGUUCCUUGAGCUGUACAACGAGGAGGUUCUGGACUUGUUCGACUCCACGCGCGACGUGGAGGCCAGGAAACAGAAAUCCAACAUCAAGAUCCAUGAAGACGCCAAUGGAGGCAUCUACACCGUGGGCGUCACCACGCGCACCGUCACCUCGGAGGCCGAGAUGAUGCAGUGUCUGAGGCUGGGCGCUCUGUCUCGCACCACCGCCAGCACCCAGAUGAACAGCCAGAGCUCCCGCUCCCACGCCAUUUUCACCAUCCACCUGUGCCAAGUCCGAAUCUGCUCACCGGAUAACAACGACAAUGAGACCGACAACCGUCUGGCCAACACCUCAGAGAUGAAUGAGUUCGAGACGUUGACAGCCAAGUUUCACUUCGUCGACCUGGCUGGCUCCGAGAGACUGAAGAGGACGGGCGCCACGGGAGACAGGGCGAAGGAGGGCAUCUCCAUCAACUGUGGACUGCUCGCUCUGGGAAACGUCAUCAGCGCUCUUGGAGACCGGAGUAAGCGGUCCACCCACGUGCCUUACCGAGACUCCAAACUGACACGGCUGUUACAGGACUCACUGGGAGGCAACAGUCAAACAGUGAUGAUCGCCUGCAUCAGCCCGUCUGACCGCGACUUCAUGGAGACCUUGAACACGCUUAAAUACGCCAACCGGGCCAGGAACAUCAAAAACAAGGUGGUGGUGAACCAGGACAAAGCCAGCCAGCAGAUCAGCGCCCUGAGGACGGAGAUAGCCCGGCUACAGAUGGAACUAAUGGAGUACAAGACGGGCAAGCGCAUGGUGGGAGAGGAUGGCAUAGAGGGUAUGAACGACUUGGUCCAUGAGAACUCCAUGCUGCAGACGGAGAACAACAACCUGAGGGUGAGGGUGAAGGCCAUGCAGGAGACCAUUGACGCCCAGAGAGCCAGACUCACCCAGCUCCUCAGUGACCAGGCCAACCAGACCCUGGCCAGGGCAGGUGAGGGUAAUGAAGAGAUCGGCAACAUGAUUCAGAACUACAUCAAGGAAAUCGAGGAGCUCAGAGCCAAACUGCUGGAGAGCGAGGCCGUGAGCGAGAACCUCAGGAAGAGCCUGUCCCGGGCCUCCACGCGCUCCACGCUGUACGGGCGGCCCACCUCCUUCUCCCCGACCCAGCUCGCCCCCGAGAAGGAGGCCAACGAUAUCAUCGAAAUUGCCAAGAAAAACUUGCAAAAGCUAAAGAAGAAGGAGAGGAAAAAGAAAAGGAGACUGAGACGGUACGAGGUGACUCGCCACAGAGAGGUUGAACACGCCAGUGUGAUCAAGGGAGAGGUGCCAGACAAUGAACAGGAGCGAGGCACCGAGGAGGUGGAGGGGGAGGGUAGCGACCAUGAUGAAGGGGACGAUGCGGAGGCAGAGGAAGAAGACUUUGAUAUGGAGGGAGAGGACAGUUCAGAUGAAUCCGACUCUGAAGAACUGGACGAGAAAGAGAACUUCCAGGCGGACCUGGCCAACAUCACCUGUGAGAUUGCCAUCAAGCAGAAGCUGAUAGACGAGCUGGAGAACAGCCAGCGGCGUCUGCACACGCUGAAGCAGCAGUACGAGCACAAGCUGAUGAUGCUGCAGAGCAAGAUCAGAGACACACAGCUGGAGAGGGACAAGGUGCUGCACAACAUGGGAUCGGUGGAGUCAUGCACCGAGGAGAAGACCAAGAAGAUCAAGGUGGAGUAUGAGAGGAAGCUGAGCUCAAUGAACAAAGAGAUGCAGAAGCUCCAGUCGGCCCAGAAGGAGCACGCCCGCCUGCUGAAAAACCAGUCACAGUAUGAGAAGCAGCUCAAGAAGCUCCAGCUGGAUGUGGCCGAGAUGAAGAAGACCAAGGUGGGGCUGAUGCGUCAGAUGAAGGAGCAGCAGGACAGGAACAGAGCCUCGGAGUGCCGGAGGAACAGAGAGAUUGCCUCUCUGAAGAAAGACCAGCGCAGGGCAGAGCAUCAGCUCCGACAGCUGGAGGCGCAGAAAAGACAACAGGAAUUAAUCCUACGCAGGAAGAAUGAGGAGGUGACAGCCCUGAGGCGCCAGAUAAGGCCUGCCUCUGGUAAGGUGACCAGGAAGGUGAGUUUACCUGAACCACUUCCAGAGCAUUCACACCACAGCACGCCGGGAAGACUGCAGUCGUCUGGAGCCAACCCCGCCAAUGGAGCCAGGAAGUCACCGGUGCGGAUGGGCAGUGUUUAUUCCACCAGGACGGCCCGGGCCAAGUGGCAGUCUCUGGAGAGACACGUCAGUGACAUUAUCAUGCAGAAGAUGACCAUAUCCAACAUGGAGGCUGACAUGAACCGGCUGCUGAAGCAACGAGAGGAGCUGACCAAGCGAAGGGAGCGAGUGUCCAGGAAGAGCGAGAAGAUGGCGGUGGACGGGGCAGACGCCGACCGCUCCCUGGCGUCCCUGAAUGAGGAGAUGGAGUCUCUGGGCGCCAACAUCGACUACAUCAACGACAGCAUCGCUGACUGCCAGGCCAACAUCAUGCAGAUGGAGGAGGCCAAGGAGGAAGGAGACAUAUUGGAUGUGAAUGCAGUGGUCAGCUCAUGUAACCUGUCAGAGGCCCGCUUCCUCCUGGACCACUUCAUGUCUAUGGCCAUCAACAAGGGACUGCAGGCGGCCCAGAAGGAUUCCCAGGUGAAGGUGAUGGAGGGCAGGCUGAAGCAGACGGAAAUCAACAGCGCCACCCAGAACCAGCUGCUCUUCCACAUGCUGAAGGAGAAGGCCGAGGUCAACCCAGAGCUGGACGCCCUGCUGGGCAGCGCCCUCCAAGAGUUAGGGUGCCUGUCAGCGGAGAAUGGAGAUGACAGCAGUAGUGAUGAGUCCACCCACAGUCCAGCUACAGAGGGCAGCACAUUGGCCUCAGAUUUGUUAAAGUUGUGUGGUGAACCCAGACCCAGGAGCAAGGCACGUAGGCGGACCACCACUCAGAUGGAGCUGCUGUAUGCCAGCAGUGGGGAUCUGUCCGGUGAAUCCCCUACGGGGGAUUUCUCUGUCCCCAUGCUGCCCCUCACAGAGCCUCUGGAGGUGAUAGGGGACAUGCAGGCAUCUGGCGUGGGACAAAUUCCAGAUCGCGAGCACACCGUUUCCCCAUCAGCAUUGUCUGUCAGGCCACCCGGCAUUUCUGGUCCCAAGUCAGGUGCCGAAAGGAAGCUGUUGGAACGCUCGCCGCUCACCCGGAGGAGGAUGCUGGAGCGAGGUCACACGGCCGCACACACCCUGGCGCCCACACACACACCCACACCCACACAGCCCGCUGCUGCGACAGAAACCAAGACCAAAGGCACCGACUACAAAACGCUGUUGGCGGUGUCCCCUGUAUUUGAUGGCCAUAGAGGUGUGAUCAACCCUGUGGAGGUCCCCAAGAGCAGCCGAGGGGUCAACCUGCAGUGUGUCUAUGUGGCCGAGGGACACACCAAACCUGUACUGUGUGUGGACGCUACCGAUGACCUGCUCUUCACAGGGUCCAAAGACCGUACAUGUAAGGUGUGGAACUUGGUGACAGGACAGGAGAUCAUGUCUCUAUCAGAGCACCCCAGCAGUGUCGUCUCAGUCAGAUACACUUCCAGCCUGGUCUUCACCGUGUCCACCGCCUACAUCAAAGUCUGGGACAUACGAGACUCCGCCAAAUGUAUCCGCACUCUCACGUCGUCAGGCCAGGUGAGUUCAGGGGACAGCUGUUCCUCUCUGAGGAGUCUAUUGAUCCCUGCAGGAGAAAGCCAGAUCAACCAGAUCGCCCUCAAUCCCUCAGGCUCUUUCCUGUACGCGGCCGCUAGCAACGCCGUGCGCAUGUGGGACCUCCGCAAGUUUGUGUCUACCGGGAAGCUGACCGGUCACCUGGGACCUGUCAUGUGUCUGACUGUGGAUCAGUUAGGUAACGGACAGGACGUCGUGCUCACCGGCUCCAAGGAUCACCAUAUUAAAAUGUUUGAGGUGGCGGAGGGGGUCCAGGGGAGUAUCACCUCCAGCCAUACCUUCGACUCGGCCCACCAGGACACUGUGGACUCCUUGGCCGUCCACGCAGACAGCUUCUACAGCGGCUCCAGAGACUUCUGCAUCAAGAAAUGGGACAUGGCCAGCAAAAAACUGCUGCAGGUCUCGCACGGCGCUCACAAGGACACUGUGAGCGCCCUGGGCGUGGUGCCGGGCUCCCGGGUGCUGCUCAGCAGCUGCAGGGGAGGGCUGCUACGUCUCUGGCACACCAACUCGCUGGCACCCCUAGGGGACAUCCAGGGACACGACAGCCCUAUCAAUAGCCUGGCCACCAACAGCAGUCAGCUCUUCACUGCCUCAGAUGACCGGACAGUGAAGAUUUGGCAAGCCAAUGGGUCUCUGGAGGAGGGAGUUUACUGACAUGGAUUACUGAUCAGUGGGAGAGGUGCUCCGCUGGACACAGGAACUGGGCCGUCUCUGAUAUCCACUGAUCUCCAGUCAGUAAAGAACAAUCGUCCACAGAAUCAGGCUUGUGGAUUGUUUGUACUUGGUCCCAACACUGAAAACACAGCUACCAUGUCCAAGGGUGACAGAGUAUUUACUUGGUAAAAUAACCCGAGUUGAGAAGGGCCUUUC